UGCUGAAAUGUUCUUAAUUGUUGGCAUUGUUACGAACGCCAUUGUUCUCUAAUAAACAUAUGCGUCAAUUUAUAGAUCCAUUUGAAGAGCAUUCACAAGUAACUAGUCCCUUCUACGGCAAAAACCAGCAGUGGGAUUAAUUCUCGAAAUGUCUUACAUGGAAUUUAAGGAAACAUCUUCAAGCCACAAGUCUGAAAUCUCACGUUCGUCAUCGUGUACAGACAUGGCAUUAAUCCUCUCUGAAGAUAAUCGGAAAAACUUGCAUUCCAAAAAGAAAAACCAAGUUUUGACAUUAACCAAUCAGAAUAAAUUAGAUUUUGUGGAAAUGGAUCAUAAAUUGGCAACAUUUCACGAAGCAAUACGUAAUAAUGACAUCGACAAAGUGAGAGAGAUGCUGGAUUACGGAAUUGAUCCCAAUGCUGAAGAAUCAUUUUCGCAUAAAGUGCCAUUGAUAGAAGCGACUAAAAGAGGUUACGUGUACAUCGUACAAGCUUUAAUAUCCGCUCAAGCUGAUGUAAACAAAUGUAACAUCCAAGGAACUACAGCUCUACAUAUUUGCAUGAGUCCCACCAGUAUGAACACCGAUAUAAUCAGAUUAUUUCUAGAUAAUCGCAAUACGAAUUUCAAUGUACAAGAUAAAAUAUCGGAUAGUACGCCAUUGCACGUAUUAACUAGGGCAUUUUGUUGUAACAAGAACACCUCCCAUCAGAAAAUCAAGAACAUACUAAGAGAUUUAGUGCCGAGAUGUAACCUUCAUCUGAAGGACACUUGGGGCAACACUCCAUUGCAUAUCGUAGCGAAAAGCAGGAAGGACGAUGUAGAAGUUGUAGAAAUUCUUUUAUCCGGAAAACCUGACGUUAAUUCUCGAAAUUUUUUAGGAGAAACGCCAUUAUUCAUUGCCAUAAAUUAUGGCAACUUCCUCACGGCUUUAGCCAUUUUGAAUUGCGAUGUAGACACUGGUUUAAGGGAUCGAUUCGAAUGUACACUACUUCAUUACGCAGCGAAAAAGAAUGCUUGUACAAUUGUAAAAAGAUUAUUAGAUAAAGGAAGUGACGUGAAUGCUCAAGAUCCUAAUGGCGACACGGCUUUGCACAUUGCAGCAGGAAGAGGUUACACGGAAUGUGUGUCCAUAUUAUUGAAGCAUCCAGAAAUCGAGAUCAAUAAGCAGAACUUAAGUGGAUACACCCCUCUGAUGUGCUCUGUUGACAGUAGUUUUACAAGAAUUGUGAAAAUACUGUUAGAUGCCGGUUGCGAUGUUCAUGCAAAGUCUCUCAACAGUAAUAAAACUGCUCUAGAUAUUGUAGAAGAGCGAAUGAUCAAGAAAAACAAGAUGGACAUUUAUAAACUUUUACUGAGAGAAAAUUAAGCUUUAAAUGAUUAAAAAUAUUAACUUUUA